GAAGUGAACUACCAGACAAGACCAUUACUGGAACCUCAUUCUGCAGGCCAGGGCCUUUAUCUGUUGUCUUUCUGUAUAUCAUCAUGAUAAACCCAUCAUCUGGACCAGGAGGUGUGUGUAGGUUGCUGGCCUCUUUGCUUUAUGGGCUGGAGUCUCAUAUGGACACCUCAGAGGACAGCACUUUUCUACAGGACAUGCUCAUGGGCAAUACUCUGCAUCUGCUUAUUAAGGUCUAUGACAGGCUGCAGAAGUACAGAGUCCAGCGGCCUGCUCCACUGUUGGAAAGCACACAGGGCCUGGCUCAGGACUUGGCAAAAGAGCUGUGCUGUGUAGUCGCCAGCCCAGAGACAACAGAGUUGUUAUACCUGCUCUCUAAACCUCAUGUACAGGCUCUUCUCUCAGUGCAUGACAUGGUGUCUCAGAAAGAGUUUGACCCUCGUUUGCCUCCUCUGCACCCACUGCCCGAUUACAUCGAGAAAGAGGAAUAUUCAAUCAAGAUUGUUCGCUUGGUUAAAAACCAGGAGUCACUGGGAGCCACCAUCAAGAGAGAUGAGUCCACUGGAGCUAUAGUGGUGGCUCGGGUCAUGAGAGGAGGAGCUGCUGAUCGAAGUGGUCUAAUUCACGAAGGGGACAAGCUCAAGGAAGUCAAUGGUGUUCCAAUGGAGGACAAGAACCCAGAGGAGAUCAUUCCCAUACUAGCCAAGUCAGAAGGAGCAGUGACCUUCAAAGUCAUCCCAGGCACCAAAGAAGAGCCAGAGACCAUAGAUAACAAGAUCUUUGUAAGGGCACUUUUUGACUAUAAUCCCCAAGAAGAUCCUGCUAUUCCAUGCAAAGACGCCGGGUUGGAAUUCUGGAGGGGAGAUGUGUUACAGAUUGUAAGCCAAGAAGAUGACACCUGGUGGCAGGCCAGACGGCACGGUGACGCCAACCUCAGGGCUGGAUUGAUUCCCUCAAGACAGCUUCAGGAAAGACAACAUGGAAGAGGAUGUGGACUAUGGAGCAAUAAGUGGCAUACAUAUAGCAGGUUUGAGGAAAAGUUUCCGGUUGAGCCGGAAGGACAGCACAGGUCAACAUGUGAGACAGAAAAUGGGCAAAGGACAUGCCGGUAUCCAUUUACCAAUAUAUCAGGAGGUCCUGCCUUAUAAGAGAAAGCCUGAUGAGCUUUACCGCCUUGUGCUUCUAACUGGGCCUAGCGGGGUUGGUGUGACCGAGUUAAAGAGAAGACUUCUACUCUCUGACCCAGAACACUUCAGUGU